AUGCCUUGUGGGUUCUUUCCCAUGCUUGUAUUAUGCUUGUUGGAUGAGAAACCACUAUAUCAUUGUGGUGACAAUAACAUUGUGCGGACAGGUAAAAACAAAAGAUGGAGAAAGCACAUGAGUAUUUGGUUGGAUGAUAUGAGUACCACCGAUCAACGUGGGGAAGAAAACCCUCCCCAUGGUGAUGAAUUUCCAUCUUUCAGAUUCGAACAAAUUUCCCUCGCAACACACAAUUUCUCCGAAACAUGCAUGAUCGGACGGGGAGGGUUUGGCAAAGUUUACAAGGGAAUAUUAGGUGGUCAAGCAGUUGCCGUGAAGAGGCUAAGUAAGGAUUCUCAACAAGGAACAAAGGAAUUCAAGAAUGAAGUAAUUCUAAUAGCCAAAUUGCAACACAGAAACUUGGUUCGUCUUCUUGGAUGUUGUGCCGAGGGAGGAGAAAAGCUACUGAUUUAUGAGUAUCUGCCUAAUAAGAGCUUAGAUGCCACAAUUUUUGAUGAUUCAAGAAAAUUGUUGUUGGAUUGGACAAAACGGUUUAAUAUAAUAAAAGGAGUCGCUAAGGGACUUCUCUACCUCCACCAAGAUUCAAGACUGACAAUAAUUCAUAGAGAUCUCAAAGCUGGAAAUGUUUUGCUAGAUGCAGAGAUGAAACCUAAGAUAGCAGACUUUGGUAUGGCCAGGAUCAUCGUUGAUAACCAACAAAGUGCAAAUACCCAACGGGUUGUCGGAACAUAUGGAUACAUGGCUCCUGAGUAUGCAAUGGAAGGUCUCUUCUCUACCAAAUCUGAUGUCUACAGCUUUGGCGUGCUACUACUAGAGGUUGUGACUGGUAUAAGGAGAAGCUCAAAUAGUCAAACUAUGGGCUUCCCAAGCCUCACAGUCUAUUCAUGGAAUAUGUGGAACAAAGGGAAGACUGAGGAUUUGCCGGACUCAUCUAUUAUGGAUAACUGUUCACCAGAUGAAGUUUUGCUUUGCGUCCAUGUAGCACUCUUAUGUGUCCAGGAGAACCCCGAUGACAGACCACAUAUGUCAUUUAUUGUGUUCCUCCUAGAGAAUGGAAGUACUUCACUUCCGCCCCCCGAUUGCCCCGCCUACUUUGCGCGACAAGGUGCUCAGAUGGAGCAAAACAGAAAUGAUAUUCCAACUUUGACAAAUAGUUUUACACUUACCGAGAUAGAGGGGCGAUGA